AUGGACAUAAAUGAAAUGACUCACCCGUGGGGGCUUGAAGUUGAUAGGGUAGAGCUUACCCUCGGUUCUCUAAUAAAAGCCCCAGAAGACAGCCAUGCUUCCCCUCUGGUCAUGCCUCCAUCUGUACCUGGACUCGAAGGCCUCACUGGCUCCAUUCAGCAGCUGGCCAUGCACUUUCUGAGUCCCGGAGGCAGUUCACAGCCUCACCAGGAAGACAGCAUAACAUUUACAGACGAGCUCAGCAGUGACUCCAAGUCGGUCACCACCACACCAGGUUCUGUGGAGGAGCUGCUGAGCGGUGUUCAGACGCUACUCUCUGAGGCUUUGGUCCAUCAGGUCGGGACUUGUUACCAGUUUGAAAUCAGCUCAGCAGACGGACAACAGCACAAAUACUAUCUGGAUUUAAGUCAAGGUAGGGGUGCGGUUGGCUCAGGGUCCUUGUGUCGAGAUCCAGAUGUGACUCUGAGCAUGAGUGACGGCGACCUCGUGGCCAUGUUCCAGGGGGAGCUAACGCCGUUUUCUGCUUACACGAGCGGCAGACUGAAAGUCCAGGGGGACAUGAAGGCAGCCAUGAAGCUGGAGGAACUCAUAAAACAGCUCAAACAGCAACAUCCAUAACAAAC